UGAGAAAGUAACGAAAUAUUUAAAGCGCAGUACAAACAGCUACAAACAUAGUACAAACGAUAGAAUUAGUUCAAUUUACGAAAAGUAAUCACCUGUCGGCUAUCUACAUACGAAUUGUCUAAUGAAUGGCGUAAGCAAACCGUUCUUUCCCGCGUCAAACGAGUCGAGAUAGAACUACGAAAAUGUGGGGAGAUCUGAAAGCCGGUGAAUCAGAGGGGGGUUUCAUGGACGAGAGUUACAGCACAGGAGGCCAGCAGACACAGAAAGACAGCAAGAAAAGGGACGAUAACAAAAUCAUCCUGCCCAUUAUGAUUGGCACUUUAUUGCAUGAGACACCUCAGUCCCUUCAACAUCAUGGUAAUAAUGGUGUUUCAUCUCUUCGUGUUGUUGCUGUUGUCACGAAAAUCACUGAGGCCACCACCAAACUUGCUUAUGAACUCGAGGAUGAGACAGGUAAAAUAACAGCCUAUCGUUGGCUGGAGACGGACAGUACAACUGCUGACGUUGUUGACAUAAAAGUCAAUCAGUACGUCAUCAUCCAUGGCUGCCUUCGCGAGAGUGGCGAGGAAUCCCGACAUUUAUUCAUCCUCAACAUUCGUCCCUCAGUGACUCAUGGCGAGGUUUUGAAUCAUCUUCUGGAGGUGGUCAUGGUAGCUCGAUAUAAGAACGCAGCAUUGCCACAUGCAAAUACAACAGCAGGUGGAAUUGAUAACACUGAUAAUCGCAUUACAACUGGCUUAACCCCUGAUCAAAUGACAGUUUACAACCUCAUCAAGCAAUACGACACUAGCGAUCUAGGGGUCGAGAGGGAUUUCUUGAAAAGCAAAAUCCCACCUCAGAUGAUAUCAAAGGUCGACGAAAUUAUUGAUUUCCUUGCGUCUGAGGGACACCUCUACACGACGCGUACUGAUGAUCACUUCAAGGCUACAUAAACCCUCAUGUUAAACUUGACUGUUGCUCAUCAUCAUGCUUACAUUAUCAAUAAGUUUUGUUACUGAAGUUUCUAAUAAAUAAUGAAGAGUUCCAGUAUAAAAAAGGAUUGUUCCUCGAUGACGACUACCUCAAGUGUCUCCCAUUGAACCUCGUUAAGUGCCUAUUCAAUCUAUUAUAAGAAUUAUAAAUAUCAUAAUUAUUCUUAUGCUACAACUACUGGAAAAUAUACAGGAAUAAAUUCUGUUUAAUUUUGA